UAAAAAUUAUAAUUAGUACAUCUUAUAUAGAGUCUUAAAGUGUGUCUUGUUUUUAAUUAAUAUUAGUAUAGCAAUACCUUUUUACGGCCCACAACUCGAACCAUAAUUCGCCCACUUGUAUAUAAUUUUGCAUUACUUUGUAAAUAAUAUUUAUACCCAAACGAUAUACAUAUGAAUUCGAAUUCACAAUCACUGCAACUUAAAAAGUAAGAAAUAGUAUUUCACAUAUAAAUAGCGAACCAAUAACAUUACAAACAUCAACUAUUCACUAUGAUACGACGAUUUCCGUUUGUUAAGACAUGUCAAAAUGUCUACUUAAAUCUUAAGAACUAUAAACCAUCGACUCAGAGACCUCUGUUUCAUGCCACUAAUCAUGCAUUUGUAUCCAAUAUUCAAUUGUUGGACCAGAAUUACUUUAAUUGGUUAAGAUCUACAUCAAAGGAAUUACCUAGUCAUAUAAUGCUGCUGUUACGGAAACUGCCAGGAUCGAGAAAUCUGAUUGAACAACUUGAUUUCAAGUAUCUUAAAAAGGCUGCUCCUUCAAGUGUUGUAUUCAAAGUUUCUUCCGCUACUAAUCCUAUUAUUUCAUCUAAUGUUACAUCCAUUUCAACUACUAUACAAGAAGAUGAAGAUGAAGAAGUUAAUCAUCAAGAUUAUUUACUUUCACUCUGUCAAUCCACACUUGGGUUAGAAAAUCUUGUUCAACAAUUACCUUUACUUCAAAUAGGUACAGACAUGAUAAAUCAACUCAUAGAUAAAAUACUUCUAAGUUUACCUACUCGUUCUAUCUUUGUAAGUGACUGUUUAAUUGAAGAAGCUAAAUAUUUUGGUGAAACUAAUUUAGAAUGCUUAGCUGCUGAAUAUUAUCGUCAAUUAUAUGAGAAAUUACCUUAUAUACAACAAAUAUGUCAAAUUCAUAAAGCAUCAAUAAAUUAUGAUAGUCUAAAUCAUCAAUUUCAAGAACAUUUAAUAUGGUUAGGAUACCAUUACAAUGAUUUAAAAACUUUAGAACUACUUAUUCAUCCAUAUAUAACACUGAAUCAACCAAUGAAUAGUAAGAUUCUUUCAUAUUUCUUUGCUUCAUUUAUUAAAAAUUAUGAAAUAGAAUAUGCCAGAGAUAUGUUAGAUAAAGUUGUUCGAAGUUCCCAUAAACUUGAAACCAUUCUCAUUGAAACAAUAGUUCAAAAAUUGAUUAGCAUUGAUAUCCUAUUUGAUAAACUAAUUUUUAUAUUCUCAAUAUGGUUGAAUAAUAAUGGUAAUAUUUCAGCCAAAUUAAUAUCAAUUCUUCUUGAUCAAUAUUACGAAUAUGGAGAAGUACAAGAAAUUACAAACUUUUUAAAAGUAGUUAAUCUGUUCAAAAUAUCUAAUUACAUGAUUGAUUUCAUCAACUUGAAAUACAAGAUUAUUAAUCGUGAACCUACUAAAUUUAAAAAGCUCAUUGUUGAAACAGAUUUAAAAGCUAUUGAAACCAUAAAGCAGUCCAUAACUACUGAAGAAGAAUUAUAUGAUUUUUAUUAUCAGAUUUUGAAAUUCCUUGUAAAUUAUUCUAAUAUGAAUUAUGUGAAUCUUAUUCUUAUGAGUUUAAAGAAUGAUAACUUGAUAGUAUAUCCUGAAUUCUUUACCAUAAUUGCCAAUUAUUAUCUGAAAAAUCAACAAUUCCUUCAAUUAUUCAGAUUCUUAGAAAGUAUCCAUCCCAAGACUAAAUUUAAUAGUAAAUUUAUUGAUAGUAUAUUUAAAGGGUUUAUAAAUACUUAUCCUCAUAUGGCUAUUGAAUUCUAUACUCAAUUUCUAACUUGGUUAGCUUCAUGUUCCUUACCAGAAUCAUUAAAACAAACUUUAAGAAAUUCAUUAAAAAUAGUUAAAUUAGAAUCUCAAUUAACACCUUACAAUAAUAAGAAAAUUAUUAAUAAUAAAUUGAAAUCUAUUGGUUGGAAACCAAUUUAUUGGAGAAGACCAGGUAAAGUCGAACAAAUUCAAUUUCGUUUAUCAUCAGGUGGAUUUCAACAACUUGUUGAGAGUGAUAAUAUUCGUCCUGAUUUUGAUUUAAUUAAAUCUACAUUCAGAGGUACAUCCUCUUCCAAUCAUGCCAAUAUUAUAUAUAUUAUGAAGAAAAGUAGAUUAUUAACUAAUCUGAAUAAGAUACAAAUGGAAUUAUAUUCAUUUCAAAUGUAUAAUAGUGAUAAACAAGAAUUACUUUCUUUCUAUAAUGAUGAUGAAUGGCGAGAAGAAUUGAAUAAUCAUCAAAAGAUUUUCUUUGCCAGAAUUUUAAUGAAUAAAAAAUUAAAUUAUCAAUCGCUUGAAUUAUUGGAUUCAAUUAAAGAUAUUAAUACUGAAUUAAAUCCUCAAUCCAAACAAUUAUGGAUCAAUUGGAAAUUAAGAAACCUUAUAAAAUUAAAUAGAUUUGAAGAUAUUAUUGAAGAAAUUGACAAGUUCCCUAUAAAUGAGACUAUAUUUAGUCAAUAUUUAAUAGAUCAAUGUGGAUUCUUAGAGAAACAAAUGCUUAAGAAAAUAGAUUACUUUAACAGAAAAAAUGAUACUUUAAGAAUACAACAAUGUACUAAUACUUUAGAGAAGCUUCAAGGUUUAAUAGGUGAUAUCUCCAUAAGAAUAGAACAAGAUGAGCAAGAUUUAAGAGUUAUUCUUAAUAAGACAUUUAUAUUACUUAACGAUUGGAUAGAUCGUGAUUAUAAUUUACCAUAAUGACCUGUACAUACUUACAUACAUAUUAAUAUACACAUCACAAUUAGUAUUCUUGUCACAGUGUAGAAAUAUGUUCAUGUUAGAAUCCCAAACCGUUUCAGAAUCCCACUAGGAAAGGUAUAUAUAAGAAACUACAAUCCCCAACUAAUUUUGUGUAGAACUUUUAUUAUCAAGAAUAAAGUAUAUCAGUUCUUAAACUGUGCAGCAGAUAAUAUUCGUUAG